UGUGAAUCCCGCGGCGCUCAGUCGAAUCGCGCCUGCCACCACCCGAAGAAAGGACGACGAUGUCUCGAAGCUUGCGCAUGGGGUCCAAGACGGACGUCUUGAAGACGCUGCGGUCGCUUGUCCGCAUCAACCGCGAGAGCACGGGCAACAAGCUCUGGGCUAACCUCCUCCUUGAGAAGUACCGUGCGCGCCAGUUCGAGACGGACCGCGAGAAGAUCAAGCACUACCGCAGCGAGGCCACGGACCUCUUGACGCUUUGGAGCGGUGUCGCCGAGCAAAAGACGCUGUGGUCGUUGGACGCGGGCAUUGAGAAGCGGUUCAGCUCGAAGGAGAUCGUCAACAAGUCGGCGCGUCUCGUGGGUCUUCAGGUGCCCGACAUGUACACGGACAAGGACGAAAACAAGCUUUAAUUAAGAAGCAAUACCCGCACUAAACGACGAGAAAUACACAACGCGUCCUCGCCGCAUGCAGUCGUUG